AUGGUGACUUUUGCUCAAGCUCGAGUUGUUACAAGAAUUACGUUACCUCCACCGGUACCUACAACUUAUAACAUUCAUGUUGUUAAUGGGCUAACCAACGUCGGGUUAAUUGUGCAUUGCCAGUCGAAGGACAAUGAUUUGGGGACUCACAAUUUGCUUAAUCGUGGAGAUGAAUACCAAUGGAACUUUAAGGAAAACAUUUGGGGAACGACCCUCUUUUGGUGCAGAUUUGAGAAGUCAGGUGCCUAUGUCUCUUUUGAUAGCUUUUGGCCUGAGUCGAAGAAGAACAGAUGGCUUCGUGAAAGAUGCAGAAAUGGAGUAGAAGGAACUUGUAUUUGGACCGCUAAAGAAGAUGGAAUUUACUUGUUUAAUUUCCCUUCUAGAACUGAUGAGUUAGUUCACAAAUGGAUCUUUACGUGA